AUGCGCGCGGCAAGAUAUUAUGGGAAAGAAGAUAUCAGAGUGGAGGAAGUGGAGGUCGACCCGUGUGGAGAUGGUCAAGUCAGAGUCGCACCGAGCUACGUCGGAAUCUGCGGUACAGAUCUCCACGAAUUCCUCGGCGGACCCACCUUUGCCCCCGUAACACCACACCCCUUGAGCCGCGAGAGUAUUCCCAUUACGCUCGGCCACGAGUUUUCCGGCGUCGUCAGCGAGAAAGGUGGCUUCAUCGGUCUCUCGGGUGGCGGAGGCGGACUAAGCGACUCAGUAGUUGUGCCUCAGGGCUCAGUGCUGAGCUUGCCGGAGCAGAUACCGUUGGAAAUUGGCGCGCUGGUUGAACCUCUCAGUGUCGCAUGGCAUGCUGUAUCUGCUGCAGCUUUGCUACCCGAAUCUACCGUCUUGGUACUAGGAGGAGGGCCCAUCGGAUUAGCAGUGGUGCAGUGCUUGGUCGCAUUGAAGACCAAGAAAAUUAUCAUGAGCGAGGUUUCAAAGACAAGACAACGGUUCGCGAAGGAAUUCGGCGCACACCACGUCCUGGAUCCGAAGACCUAUGAUCUAGUGGCCAUUUCUCGAGAGCUGAGUGGACAAGGUGGCCCUGAUGUAGUUUUCGACUGUGCCGGUGUACCCGCGAGCCUCGUCACGGCGUGCCGAGCCGUGAAACCGCGAGGGACUGUCGUCAAUGUUGCAAUUUGGGAAAGAGAAGUGCCAUUCCAGCCUAAUAUGCUGGUGUUCAAGGAAGCGCAUUAUACAGCAGUGUUAGGGUACCAGAGAGAAGACUUCCAGGCUGUUAUAGACCAUUUGGCCAACGGAACCUUGAAACCCGACAAGAUGAUAACGAGUACCAUAUCUUUGGAUGAUGUAGUUGAAGGAGGCAUCAAAGCUCUUAUAAAAGACAAGGAAAGUCACGUAAAGAUAUUAGUGAAAGUGGGUGGGCCAUAG